UGUUUCACCAAAUUAUAAUAUAAUUCAAACUCUUUUUCCUUUUUGCCAUUUUCUUUCUUUUUUUCUUCUCUCUCUCUCUCUCUCUAUACAAAAAAUGACUGAUAAAAAUUUAAUAAACACUGUUAAUGAAAAGCCUGCUUUCAGCGCACCAGAGUUAUAUGGGUGGUCAUUAUGUCUCGCUGCAAAUGCUAUCGAUUAUAUCCCUUUUGCGAACCAAAAGGUUGCUGGUGACGCUCAACUUCUUAAUUUGAGAGAAAGAAAUGAUAUUGAGGAUCAUCCAAACACGAUGGGUAUACCAUUCAAUUAUAUCAACGCACCUAAGGAUGCUGUUUUCGAUCAGCCCAUUCUUCGAUUGGACCCCGAGCACAAAAGCGUAUCACCUUUUCUGUCAUUUUGGGAUUAUCACGAAGCUUACUCACAGUUUAAAACUACGCCAACAGAAAUUGCACAAAAGCUAUUGAUUAAAUUGGACAAGAGCAAACAAAUGAAUUGGAUGCGUUUUAUCUGUCAGGAUAUACUUGAGCAAGCUGAGGAGUCAACUGAGAGAUAUAAGUCAAAUACAGCACGUAGUCAAAUGGAAGGCGUAUUUGUUACGAUCAAAGAAGAGUUGGACAUCAAGGGGCUGGAAACAAAAGUCGGCACUUGUUUCAUAAACGAUGGAACACCCGCCGCGGAAGAUUCGACAUUGGUAACCAAGUUGAGAAAAGCUGGUGCUAUUAUUAUUGGAGCAACAGCCAUGAACGAAUUGGGUUGGGACACCUUUACCGUAAACCCCAAUACAGGCAUUCCUGAAAACCCUUAUCAAAUCUCAUAUUCAUGUGGUGGAUCAAGUGGUGGAUCAAGUGGUUCUGUUGCUGGCGGUCUGGUACCUGUCAGCAUUGGCGCUGAUGGAGGUGGAUCAGUUCGUAUUCCAUCCAGCUUCUGUGGUUUGUAUGGUUUGAAAACCUCAUUUGCACGUGUUUCUGGUUAUGGUGGUGCAACCAUUGAUCCUUCUUUAGGCGCCUAUGGGCCUCUCGCUGCCACUGCAGAUGAUAUGGCGUUAACAUAUUCAAUUAUUGCUGGUCCUGAUUCCAAGGAUAUAAACUCUUUAUUACAGCCUAUUGUCAAUCUCAAGGAUUAUGAUCGUUAUCUUGACUUAUCGGAUUUGACGAUUGCUGUUACGCCUGAAUGGAACGACGGUAUUCUUGAACCUGCCAUUCUUGAAAAGUUGAAUUUUUUCAAAUCGCAUCUGCAGAAAUUGGGAGCACACAUAGUAGAAAUUGAUAUCCCUGACUUGGACAUUACUACUACAGCACACACCGUCACCAUCUGUAGUGAAAUGGCGAAUUAUGCUUCGCGUUAUCCUCAAAAUUAUCGCAAGUUUUUAGCUCAUACCAGGCUCAUGGCAGGCACCACAAGUGCAUUACAGCCUCGGGAUUAUAUACGUGCCCAACAAGUACGUACACGCAUGAUGAAUCACUUGCGUGGUUUCUUUGAAGACCAGAAAAUUGAUUUGAUCUUGUGCCCUUCUACAGGAAUUCUUGCACCUAAAAUUCCUGAGAAGGCACACUCAUAUGGCAUGUCUAAUGCUAAACUUACGGUUGAUGCUGUAUAUUAUUGUCUGCUUGCUAACCUCACGGGUAUUCCUGCGGUUAGUGUACCAGCUGGUUUUCACGAAGGGAUGCCUAUCGGUUUGCAAUUCAUGGCUACAUGGUGGAAUGAAGCUUUGCUAUGCCGGAUUGCAAAGGUUUGUGAGCGUAUUCCUGAUAUUGAGCGUAAACGUCCGGACAACUGGUUCUCUGUAGAUGAGUUGUAAUAAUAAAGUAUCUGUCACUGUCAAUCAAACAAAAGAA